AUGGUCCUGAGGGAGGAGCUGAGCUGCCUGUGGACCUUAAGUGUCUGUCUGGUAGCCGGAAAGCCGCCUCCCCGAGGCCCCUCCAUCACAGACCAGAGUUUUAUAGACGAGUGCGUCACGGUUCACAAUGAAAUGCGGGGCCGAGUGGAGCCCCCCGCGGCCAACAUGAAGCACAUGACUUGGGAUGAAGGUUUAGCGAGGACUGCUAAGGCGUGGACAAAAAAAUGCAAAUUCCAACACAACACCUGUCUAUCAAAAUCACAUGCGUGCCAUCCAACUUUUCAUCAUGUGGGAGAAAACCUGUGGUUAGGUGCAUUCAGCAUAUUUACACCAAGAUCUGCUAUUGUUUCUUGGUACAAGGAAGAUCAAUUUUAUAAUAUUAAUAAUUUGUCAUGUUCCAAAGUUUGUGGCCAUUAUACACAGGUAGUGUGGGCCAAUUCAUAUAAAGUUGGUUGUGCAAUUACAGUUUGUUCUAACCCUGGGAAAGCUCCAUCUGCAGUAUUUGUAUGUAACUAUGGACCUGCAGGAAAUUAUCGAAAUGUGGCCCCUUACUCUAAAGGAGCAUCCUGCUCUAAGUGUGCAGAAGGAGAUACUUGCGGAAACAAGCUCUGCCAUAAUAAAGAACGUGAUAAACUUAAAAGUAUGUAUCAAAAUAUUUCAGUAUUGAUUCAAUUACUUCCUCCCCUUGAAACUACAUGGAGCUCUUAA